AUGGCAUCACCGCCUAAUCCUGGUGCCGACGUAGCGGUGGCACUGGAGACUGAUCGGGCCAGCCCCUCGCAGAUACCUGCGGAUCUGGACACAGAAAAACCGCUAUCCGAAUCGAGUCGCGAGAGUAGAUGGGGUGAAUAUGCCGAGGGUGACCCAGUAUCUCGUCGUGGUGCAAUGGAGGAGUUCGCUGAAAUGUCGAAAGAGUUGACCAAAUUGAGUCUCCAAAGAAGUAAGUCUUCUACGAAGGGAAGGAGAAGUCAUAUCCGCCGAUCUUCCACCAGCGUUGUAAUGGAGAAAGACAAGGACAUGGCCAUUGAUCAUGACGCUCUGGAUUCUGUUUUUUCAAAGGACGACGAUUUCGAGUUGGGUGACUUUCUGAGAGGCGGAGGUCUCGAACGGAGAACGACGGCAGGCGGGCCUGGAAAAAAGAUCGGGGUGGUCUUCAAAAAUUUGACAGUCGAGGGCAUUGAUGCUACCUCGUCAUUUGUCAAGACGCUGCCGGAUGCUGUGAAGGGAACGUUUGGGCCUGAUCUCUAUAAUCUUGUUACUCGAUUCAUCCCCGCACUAAGAUUCGGAAAGCCCCCCCCCACCCGCACUCUCCUUCACAAUUUCUCGGGCUCUCUUAGAGAUGGGGAGAUAAUGCUCGUCCUGGGGAGACCAGGCGCGGGAUGUACUACCUUUCUGAAAUCCAUCGCCAACAAUCGAUCAUCCUUCGUUGCUGUUUCCGGAGACGUCAGUUAUGGCGGGAUACCUGCGGAAGAGCAAGACAGCCAAUUCCGCGGGGAGGUCAAUUACAAUCCCGAGGAUGACCAACAUUUCCCAGACUUAACAGUGGAGCAGACCCUGAAAUUUGCUCUGAUGAACAAGACAAAGAAGCGAGACCGGGAUUCGAUCCCAAUCGUCGUCGACGGCUUGUUGAAAAUUUUCGGCAUUAGUCACACUAAAAACACUGCCGUUGGCAACGAGUUUGUCCGUGGCAUUUCUGGCGGUGAGCGCAAACGUGUCGGCAUCGCAGAGACCCUGACUACCAAAUCUUCAGUUGUUUGCUGGGAUAAUUCGACUCGAGGCCUUGAUGCCAGCACUGCUCUUGACUAUGUCAAGUCUCUCAGAGUCAUGACGGACGUGAGCAAUCGAACCACGUUUGUUACACUUUACCAGGCGGGAGAGGGGAUAUAUGACCUUAUGGAUAAGGUUAUGGUUAUCGAGGAAGGACGCAUGCUUUACCAAGGCCCUGCACAUCAGGCAAAGAUUUAUUUUGAAGAUCUGGGAUUCCACUUCCCGGAACGAUCCACAACGGCGGACUUUCUUACUUCCUUGUGCGACCCAAAUGUUCGUCAGUUUCAGCCAGGCCGAGAAGCUUCGACGCCUAAAACCGCUGAAGAACUGGAAGCAGCAUUCAAAAAUAGUGAUAUUUACAAAGAAAUUCUGAAGGAGAUUGAUGACUACGAGAAUCAAAUCCAGGAAACUGAUGCUGCUGACACUCGUCAAUUCCAAAAGCAUGUAGGAGAAUCAAAAAGCAAAACCGUCUCAAAACGGUCAAAUUACACUGUGUCAUUCGCACGUCAAGUUAUUGCUAGCACAAAGAGAGAAUUUUGGCUUUUUUGGGGAGAUAAAGCCGCUCUGUACACCAAGUUUUUCAUCAUCAUUUCUGUUUCCCUCAUUGUUGGUUCUUUCUUCUAUGGUCAGUCCCUUGAUACCAAUGGAGCCUUCCCUCGCGGAGGUGCCUUGUUCUUCUCCAUUCUUUUCCUAGGCUGGCUUCAACUGUCGCAGUUGAUGUCGGCCGUUUCGGGCAGAACGAUCAUCGCAAGACACAAGGACUAUGCCUUUUAUCGCCCCUCCGCUGUUGUUAUCGCUCGCGUCCUUGUUGAUUUUCCCGUCAUCUUCGCAACGCUUGUAGUACUCGCGUUGGUGGGAUAUUUCCUCAUGGGAUUCGACGUUGAUGUUUCCAAAUUCUUCAUUUAUUGUUUGUUCAUCUACGUUACCACGAUAUCUAUCACCGCCAUGUAUCGCAUGUUUGCAGCGUUGUCAGCGACCAUAGACGAUGCUGUCCGUUUUGGAGGAAUAAGUCUUAACGUACUUAUCUUCUUCGUUGGAUACGCAAUCCCAAAACAAGCGUUGCUGCACGAUUCCCCCUGGUUUGGCUGGCUGUUUUAUGUCAAUCCGCUAUCAUACUCAUUCGAAGCCGUCAUGAGUAAUGAGUUUUCGGACCGUGUUAUGGAAUGUUCGCCCGAGCAACUGGUGCCGCGUGGCCCUAAUAUCGACCCACAGUAUCAAGGAUGCUCUCUUCCUGGUUCUCAUUUGGGCAGCAACAGCGUAUCAGGAGCUCGAUACUUGGACUAUUCAUUUCAAUUUUCCCGGAGCCAUCUUUGGCGCAACUUUGGGAUCAUCAUCGCCUUCACAGCUGCGUACAUUUUAGUCACUGCAGUCGCUGCCGAAGUCUUCCCAUUUGCCACAGGUGGAGGCGGUGUAAUGGUAUUCAAAAAAUCCAAGAGAACGAAAACAAUGUCCAAACUUCAGCAGAAAGGCCAAUCCAACGAUGAAGAGACAGGAAAGGUCGAGCGGAUUGGAGAUGUUGGUGGCGUUGCCACUUUGGGAUCUUCGGCGACCACGAACAAUGAUGAUGUUGAAUUUUCAAACCUUUCUACCAGUGAUCGGGUUUUCACUUGGAAUGAUGUUGAAUAUACGGUGCCUUAUGGGAACGGUGAGCGAAAACUCCUCAAUAAAAUAACAGGUUACGUGAAGCCGGGAACUAUGAUGGCUUUGAUGGGCGCGUCUGGUUCAGGAAAGACAACACUUCUCAACACUUUAGCCCAGCGACAGCGAAUCGGUGUUGUAUCCGGAAAUAUGCUUGUUGAUGGGCAAUCCCUUCCCCUAGAUUUCCAAAGAGGAACCGGUUUCUGCGAACAGAUGGAUAUCCACGACACUACCGCCACUAUCAGAGAAGCGUUGGAAUUUUCAGCGAUUUUGAGACAAGGCAGAAGCGUCCCCCGCGAAGAAAAAAUUGCUUAUGUCGAUCAGAUCAUCGGUUUGUUGGAACUUGAGGAUAUUCAGGAUGCCAUCAUCGGUGCACUUUCUCUUGAGCAAAGGAAGCGAUUAACCAUUGGAGUUGAACUGGCAGCUAAACCGAAUUUGCUAUUAUUUUUGGAUGAACCCACUAGUGGGCUGGACAGUCAAGCAGCUUUUUCUAUCAUCAGAUUCUUGAAAAAGCUGUCUCAGGCAGGACAAGCUAUUAUUUGCACCAUCCAUCAGCCAUCAUCCCUACUAAUCCAGGAAUUCGACACUAUUUUAGCAUUAAACCCGGAAGGAAAUACUUUUUACUCCGGACCUGUUGGCGAGAACGGUAGUGCCGUAAUUGAUUAUUUUGCGAAAAGGGGAGUCGAUUGUCCUCCUACUAAAAACGUUGCGGAAUUUAUCCUCGAGACUGCCGCGAAGAGCCGUAAAAUCAACGGGAAGCGAAUCGAUUGGAAUGAAGAGUGGCGAAAUUCCGACGAGCUUGCUCAGUUAAAAAGACAUGUGGAGCAAAUCAACCUCGAACGAAGCCAACAUCCGCCCUUGGAGACUAGCGAUUCCCAAUACGAAUAUGCUGCGUCCAUUACUCUACAGUGUUUGAUGCUCACAAAACGACUAUUUCUCAAUUACUGGAGAGAUUCAUCGUAUCUCUAUGGAAAGCUGUUCAUCAGCGCCAUCAUUGGUAUCUUCAAUGGCUUUACUUUCUGGCAAUUGGGAAAUACGGUAUCUAGCAUGCAAAACCGGAUGUUUACUAUUUUCAUGAUCAUCAUGCUCCCGCCAGUUUUCAUGAACGGAAUCCUUCCAAAGUUCUUCAUGAAUAGAAUGCUCUGGGAAGUGCGUGAGCAACCGAGCCGAAUCUACGGCUGGUUUGCAUUCUGCACGGCAAAUAUUGUCUGUGAACUUCCAGCAGCUGUUGUGACCAGCGUCGUUUACUGGCUGCUCUGGUAUUUUGCCACCGGCCUACCUACCGACUCAAGCACCUCCGGCUACGUGUUUUUAAUGUGCAUGCUCUUCUUCUUCUUCCAAGCAAGUUGGGGACAGUGGAUAUGUGCCUUCGCACCUUCGUUCACCGUUAUAGGAAAUGUCCUCCCGUUUUUCUUCGUAAUGGUAACUUUCUUCAACGGCAUCAUGCGCCCUUACUUCACCAUUCCGCCCUUUUGGCGCUACUGGAUUUACUACGUAAAUCCAACCACAUGGUGGUUCCGGGGCGUGCUUUCUGCCACCCUCCCCACCACACAAGUCAUCUGCUCCCCGAAUGAGCUCACACACUUUAACCCGCCUCCCGGCCAAACCUGCAUAGAUUACGCAGGUAACUUCAUCUCCUCCGUCGCACGAUCAGGCUACCUCACGAACCCAGACGCCACGGCUGACUGCGCAUACUGCGCAUACUCAAAUGGAGCCGAAUAUAUGCGUACCCUGAAUGUGCAUGAGGGGGAUAAAUGGAAAGGUUUCGGGAUAUUCUUGGCCUUUGUGGUGAUUAACUGGGGCCUGGUAUAUUUCAUGAUAUAUACAGUUAGGGUCAGGGGAUGGACGUUCGGCUUCGGGACUGCUGUCAGUAUCGUGGAAAAGGCGCUUUCUUGGGUGGGAGGUUUGGCGAGGCUGAUUAGAAAGGGGAAGGAGGAUAAGGUGGGGCAAGAUAGCGAAAAGGUGAAAGAGGUUAUUGGGGAUAGUUAG